AUGUAUGGUGAAUCGUCGGCUUCUCCUCCCCGACAAGGCGGUAACACCGAUUCCACCCAAGAUUGGACGCGGCCACCGCCCCCCAGACAAGGAAGCCAAGAGCAGACCGCCAUCUCCAAAGCGCGUCGGAUACACUGGGCCGGCUUCCUAGCGGCAUCUUCGGACCUGCAGCUUGUCCCCCGGCUCAUCGGGCUUGGUGCUCUGAAAGCUGCGGUGGAGCAGGGUGGGCCCUCGUCGGACAGAAACGCCGCGGCGACGAAGCGCUCAGCGGCCGGGAUGUCGUACCCACAGUUUGUGGAGGUGCUGUCCCUCAUGGCCAUCCCCGCAGCGGGUCGGCUCCGCCGCCUCUACCCGAACGUGGCGGGACCAGAGCCACCUGCCGCCGUAGUAGGCCCUCGCCACCGCAACACUCCGACCAACUCUACUUCGGACGGGACAACGAGUCGGGGCGGCGGCGGCGGCCCUCUCGCUUUGGAGAUAACGUCGGAAGAGGCGGGGCGGAGGGACGAGGCAGGUGAAGGCAGCGGCAACGAGAGGAGCCUGUUCCAGAGGAAGGCGAGGCACGUCCGCGCAGCCAUGAGGCUCAGGAUGAAGAAAGGAAGAUCCGUGGUCGUCGCCCCCGGAACUCCAGACGCGCCCCCUGUCGACGAACAGCCUGAACAAGUCCCACCGUCCUACGACGUGGGGGCGUUCAAGGCCCUCUUCCACCAUGCCGAAACGGCACACGAAGAGAAACGCUCCGGCGCAACUAGGCCUCAAGGUUUCCACUGCCGCAAUGUAUCGAGCUCUUCCCUAAGCCCGCCGGCCUGCAGAGACACGGUGACCACGAAAGGGGAGGGUGCUUCGGAGCGAAGCUCACCACGGUCGAACGGCAGUUGCAUCGAUGAGGGGAGCGAGCCGUCCGAAGGCGGCGGUAACGAUGACGGAGGUAGGGGAGAAGGUCGAGCGAUAUCAGCGGUCGAUUACGAAGGCACGGCUGCGGAGGUCUCGGACUCGAAGACUUUCCCGCAAAAAGUGUUUUCGCCCCAAGAGUCAGCUCGAGUCCUGGAAGAAAUCCGCGAUCGUGUGUCGGACCUCGAGGGGAAGGUCUUGCCGCAUGAAACGAGCGAGGUGGAGACGGGGGCAGAUGGCACAGGGUCUGAGACUUUCCUGCCGCGGCGGGAUGAUGCCCGGGCGGUGGUAGUUGAGGAGGAGCCAGGCCCUGAACCUCUCGCUCCGGGAGCCGGGGGGGGUUUUGCAAGGCUGGUGGUGAUCAAAGAGCUGCAGCCGGUACCAGAACACGCGCCGGAAGAUGCAAGCCACCUGCUGGACCUGGCCCUGGACCAUCACCAGGCUGGGCGCUACGCUCUCGCCCUGGAGACGCUCGAAAAGGGGGUGCUCAUGUGGGAAGAGCUUCAAGGAGGAGGUGAAGGCGACCACGAGCCGGCUAACCCCGAGGGCGGAUUGGAUGCUUCGGACGAGGCAAGUUUCCCACCAAGCAGCGCUUGA